GUAAAAGAAGGAAGGUGGCGAAGGGAGGAGAGUCCGAGUGGGUGGAGGGAGGGGAAGGGAAGCAGAAGAAAAAGGUGGGAGGAGAGCCAGGUGGAAGGGUGGCGACUCACUCAGGACCCGGUGGGGGCAGCGCGAUGAGGCGGGUGACCCUGUUCCUUAACGGCAGCCCCAAGAACGGAAAGGUGGUUGCUGUAUAUGGAACUUUGUCUGAUUUGCUUUCUGUGGCCAGCAGUAAACUCGGCAUAAAAGCCACCAGUGUGUAUAAUGGGAAAGGUGGACUGAUUGAUGAUAUUGCUUUGAUCAGGGAUGAUGAUGUUUUGUUUGUGUGUGAAGGAGAACCAUUUAUUGAUCCUCAGGCAGACUCUAAACAACCUGAAGGGUUGUCAGGAUCUCACACAGACUGGCUGACAUUAAACGUUGGAGGGCGGUACUUUACAACCACACGGAGCACUUUAGUGAACAAAGAACCUGACAGCAUGCUGGCCCACAUGUUUAAGGACAAAGGUGUCUGGGGAAAUAAACAAGAUCAUAGAGGAGCUUUCUUAAUUGACCGAAGUCCUGAGUACUUUGAACCCAUUUUGAACUACUUGCGUCACGGACAGCUCAUUGUAAAUGAUGGCAUUAAUUUAUUGGGUGUGCUGGAAGAAGCCAGAUUUUUUGGUAUUGACUCACUGAUUGAACACCUAGAAGUGGCAAUAAAGAAUUCGCAGCCACCAGAGGAUCAUUCACCAAUAUCUCGAAAGGAAUUUGUCCGAUUUCUGCUCGCCACUCCAACCAAAUCAGAGUUGCGUUGCCAGGGUUUAAACUUCAGUGGUGCUGAUCUUUCUCGUUUGGACCUUCGAUACAUUAACUUCAAGAUGGCCAAUUUAAGCCGCUGCAAUCUUGCACAUGCUAAUCUCUGCUGUGCAAAUCUUGAACGAGCUGAUCUCUCUGGAUCAGUGCUUGAUUGUGCAAAUCUCCAGGGAGUCAAGAUGCUCUGUUCUAAUGCAGAAGGGGCCUCCCUAAAACUGUGUAAUUUUGAAGAUCCUUCUGGUCUUAAAGCCAAUUUAGAAGGUGCUAAUCUGAAAGGUGUGGAUAUGGAAGGAAGUCAGAUGACAGGAAUUAACCUGAGAGUUGCUACUUUAAAAAAUGCAAAGUUGAAGAACUGUAACCUCAGAGGAGCAACUCUGGCAGGAACUGAUUUAGAGAAUUGCGAUCUGUCUGGCUGUGAUCUUCAAGAAGCCAAUCUGAGAGGUUCCAACGUGAAAGGCGCUAUAUUUGAGGAGAUGCUGACACCACUACAUAUGUCACAAAGUGUCAGAUGAGAAUUUUAGGGCUGGAGCAAGAUGCCCACGAUGAAAAAUGCUUUCUUUAUCACUUUCCUUUCUCCACCCACUCAGUUGUCUAGAAAAAGUAACACUGCACGGGAAUUCAAACAAAAAAUUUUAGAGGAUCAUGCUUCUUCUCAGCAGUGCAUAAGGGAAAAAAGUAACUUUUUUCCACAUUCUGAUUUUAACAGACAAGCACUCAUUUAAUAGAGUAGGGAUGCUAGAUUAGACUGCAGCCCUGUGAGUGGAGUAGAGGGAUUUUCCUGGCUUCGUGACCAGGAACAAUACCAAUUAUAUCUGCUUUUAUAUAGGUAGAUGUGGAAAUACCAUGUUGGCUUGAAGUUCAUUUGAGCAGUUUAAUUUAUGAAAAGCACAACAUAUGCAAUUAUAUUUAUUGAACCUCUAGAUGCAGUAUGGAUAUUUAAAUUGUUAAACUUUAUGAAAAUUUUGAAAGGGUUGUUCAGGUUUAUAAAUAGCUUUAGUGAUGCCUCCCCUCCUUUAAAUAUCUGUCACACUGUAUGAAUAUGGUGAGAUCAGAUCCCCCAGGCUCUCUUUUCAGGUUCAUUUUUAUAAUGUUUAUUUUUGAGAACAGAACAGUAGCUAGAUUAAAGAAAGCCUCCAUUCUUACAGACUGAGAUAGAGCGGAAGGAGAGGCGUCACUGUGCAUCACUGUCAGCUGAAGUUACGGUGAAACUCUCCAGAUGAAGGAAGAAUUUACCUGUAGCUAUGACUUCUAAAUGACCGUUCCUUAGAAUUUCAUUUUAAGCAAGUCCACCCCAUGUCAGACCAAGUGAUCUAAUCAGUUUACACUACUAGCCUAAGUUUCCCCCUCUUACAAUCAAAACAAGUAUAGGAAGAUACUUUAACACCAAAAAACUAAGGUACAUUAUUAAUUCUCAAACCAAAUGCCAAAUAGUUUAAUCAGGGCCAGCAUAAAAAUAGGCAUCAAAUCCCAAUCUACUGAAAUCAAAGCUUUAAAAUGUGAAUAUACAUAUGGCAAAGUUAUCUUUUGGAAAUCAAAAGAAUGUAAUUGCAGCUAAAACCCUAUAGUGAGGAAUGAGGGGAUUUUAAACUGACAGUUUGAUCAUAGACACCAAAAAACUUAAAUAAAAAAUUAAGGCAUUUGGUGGGUCCAGGAUGUACUAUCAAUUAAUCAGCACCUAUGGUUCUUUUACUUAUAUGUUCUGCAGAGAGAGGGCCAGUACAUCCUUACUAUAACCCAUGUCCUCAUGCCUGCCUACCCCAAGAUCAGGGAUGUAAGCUGUGUCCAAUUAUUUCUGACUUCUACAGACUCAUCACUUUGAGGCAAUGAAUCAUUAAAAACCACUUUGUCUCUUUCAAGACAAUGACACAUCUUCAAUAUUUAUGUAGCUUCUUCUAUAUAUACAUAUGCAAAGCUUUCCUUGCCAGUAAAGGGUACAUGUGCAUGGUGGGAGGAGGCUGGACCUUCACGGGUGAAGGAAAGCACCUUGAGAAGUGAAUUAUUUUCUUUGCUUUAUUAUUUUUACCAAGACAGAGAAGUAUUGUAUUGAGAGAUAUCUAUUUUCAUAAUCAAUAUGUGCCUGAAUUAUAUUUAAAUCAUUUCACUCUGUACUAUAUUUUCAGUGAUGGCAGACUAUGUUCCUCCCUUUAAGGGGACCUCUGUAGACAUGACCUAAAGCUGCAGAGGACCCUGGAUGAUCUAAACGUGGUGUCCCUGCCUUGGGAUCUAAUGUAUACUUUAUCAAUAAACAAUAUGAAACGUUAAAAA